GAGCGCCGAGGGGGUUCGGGUUGAUUCGGCGCGCGAUGUGCGGAGGAAAAUCACGACGAUCCCGAGGAAAGGAAAAAAGGUCGAGGCGCUUCGUCGAAAUUGCCGGAAAAAAAAGCGGAGCGCGUAGGCGUAUAAUGUUGGCACUAUUUGCCGCUUCGCGCGAAACGCGGCGAUCGCCGGUCGCCUGUUAUUGAUUUCCUCGCCCCCUCGUACAUGUGUAUCCCGUCCAACACCUGUAAACAGUCGCGGAACAUCGUCGAGUAUCGAUGUGAUUGAUCGCGAGGAGGUAUCGCCGAUCGGGAAUUGCCCUUGUUUCGGCGAGAUAUGCUGGACCGUUCGAAAGAAUCGCGCGAGAGAUCCCUGCAUGAGGAGAGAAGAGAAUGAAAUAAAGUCCGGGGCACGGUAGAAAAAAUUGGAAAAGAUAAUAGUGCGUCUAGAAAAUCUUAAAUUCGCGAAUCAACGAGAUAUGAUAUUUCGCUGUAGUUGAAAAAUGGCAGACACAGACCCACAGUUCAAACGCCUUUUACUGCCAGCGGAGGAGACUCUGUUUGAGCAAUUGUUAAGAUUUGGCCUCUAUGUCGGCGCAGUGUUCCAAAUUAUCUGCUUGUUGUCCAUAGUGAUAUAUCAGGCAGGUCCAUCUGAUGGCGUGGCAGCUUUAAAGGAUGACCCAAGCGACGUAGAAUGUUCUGAAAACAGUCCUCAAGUAACGCCAAGAAGACCUCAUCGGCCGCGCAAACAAGAGAAGAAGAAGAGGCGUUGAGACAUUCUUUGUGCAACGACUAAGCAUACUUUAAUUUAUACUCUAAUUUAUAUGUUUUUACAUUUGUAUAUUUACAUUCUAUGAUCUGAAGCAUAAUUUGAAGACUGGCCUUUACUCUCAAGAAUAAUUGCUUCCUUGUUAUACAUGUCUAAAAUAUAUAUAAGUUAGUU